AUGGCAGCUGCUCCUUCUCUCUUCAAGUUCCUCCUCGUCCUCCUCGCCAGCGCGGUGAAGGCCCUCGACAAGGUGCCCGCCAAUGAGACCUUCAGGUACGUCAACCAGGGGGAGUACGGCGAAUUCAUCAAUGAGUACGACGCCACCUACCGCACCACGCUCAUCGGCACCUCCCCAUUCCAGCUCAUGUGGUACAACACAACCCCGGGGGCCUACUUCGUCGCCCUUCGCAUGGGUACCUCUCGAUCUGAAUCGGUGCGGCGGUGGGUUUGGGAGGCCAACAGGGGGCGCCCCGUUGGUGAGAAUGCCACCCUAACUUUCGGCACCGACGGCAACCUCGUCAUCGCCGAAGCCGACGGAACAGUUGCCUGGUCCACCGGCACGGCAAACAAGGGCGUGGUCGGUCUCCGGGUUCUCCCCAACGGCAACAUCGUCCUCUACGACAAGAAGGACCGGUUCCUCUGGCAGAGCUUCGACCAUCCCACAGAUACCCUAAUGAUCGGACAGUCCCUCCCCGUCGGCGGCGCCAAGAAGCUGAUCAGCCGCAAAUCCAUCUCCGACGGCUCACCGGGGCCUUACACCCUCGUCAUGGGCACCGAUAGCCCAAUCUUGUACGUCGAUGCAUCACCGAAACCUCUCCCCUACUUCCGGUAUGAUCCAGACAUGGGUUACAGCAAGACCAAUGGCCGGGUCACCUUCCAAUACAACGCCCCCGACAAUGUCUCCUACGAGCUGACCUUGAACGGGCGGAUCCUCACGGUGACCAAGUACGACAGCGUACUGUCGUUCCUCCGCUUGGAGCCCGACGGCGACCUCGUCAUCUACACCUACGACGAUCGGGUGGACUACCAGGCGUGGGAGAAGACGUUCACCCUCUUCACACCGGUGAACUUCCUCAGCGCGUGCUACAAGCCAGCCAGGUGCGGAUCUCUCGGCGUUUGCGACAACGAGAUGUGCGUGGGGUGCCCCACGGAGAAGGGGCUGCUGGGAUGGUCGGCAAGCUGUGCGCCUCCGCAGAGGGGCUCCUGCAAGGUGGGAGCGAACCAUAAGUACUUCAAGGUGGACGGCGUGGAGAACUUCCUCGCUCGGUACACGACGGCGUUGAACGCCACCGGCGUCGACGAUUGCCGCAGGCGUUGCAGUGCCGACUGCAAGUGCCUGGGUUUCCUCUUCUGGGAGGAGGCCUCCAAGUGCUGGCUGGCUCCGGUUCUGGGCACCCUCGACAAGGUCUCCAACCCCAAGCAUGUUCUCUACAUUAAGUCGAAGUAG